GUUGGGCAACUGCAUAUGGACGGAGUGUGGCACCAUGUGCUGUGGGAAAUAAUUGGAAAACCUGCUGAUGUUGGGCACAUAAACAGGAUAGAUAUGUACGCAGAAGGUAUGGCAGAUUUGAAUGAAAUGAUCCUCGUUUUGCCUCUGUGUCCACCUGAUCAGAAAGAGGCCAAGAUUGCCCAGAUCAAAGAGAAAGUAACAGAUCGUUAUCUCCCCGUGUUUGAAAAAGUGUUAAAGAGCCACGGACAAGACUACCUUGUUGGCAACAGGCUGAGCAGGGCUGACAUUCACCUGGUUGAACUUCUGUACUAUGUGGAAGAGCUUGACCCCAGCCUUAUGGCCAACUUCCCUCUGCUGAAGGCCCUGAAGACCAGAAUCAGCAAUCUCCCUCCCAUGAAGAAGUUUCUGCAGCCUGGCAGCCAGAGGAAGCCUCCUAUCAGUGAGGAAGAUUUAGAAAAAGCAAGGAAGAUUUUCAGGAUUAAGUGAAGCAGGCAUGGAUGGCCAGCACUUGCAUCUGGGGUUUCCAACAAUGACGUGCGUUACCUGAUGUAAGAUGCUGAUGAUUGUGAGGCUAGUAAAGUUUUCAAAAGUAUAUAAUUUCAUCUACAUGAAGAUUUGCAAAGCAAUUUAUUUUGUUUUUACCAAAUAUCAAAUCAUGAUCAGCCCCUAGGACAUCUCUUGGACUUAAAAAUAAAUAAAGGGAGAAAAAAAUU